CUGCGCGCUCAAGAAGGGCAUGUAGAUGCAUGUCCAUGUGUGUGUGUGCUGAGCUUCGCACCCAUUUUUGCACAUCCAACUGCAAAGUAAUUAAGCUUCACAUUGCCAUUGCGUGUCCAGCCCGGCCGGCCAAAUCCUCCCUCUCCCUGCGAGCUGCGAGUCUCGAGAGCAACCAUUGCUAAUUCCACCGCCCCCCGAUCCGGCGAGAAGAGGAAGGGGAAGACAGGACGAUGCAUCCAGGUCCAGUUGCUGUUGGAGCAGCAGGUGGUGCGGUGAUGGAGGUGCGCGCGGUCGCGAGGGCCGGAAUCAUACUCGGCUUGGCGAUGGCCGCCAUAGCUCUCGUCGCCGCCACCAUCAACCCAAGCGACUUCCACGCCCAGAUCAUCAAGCACGCGGCGCCGGCACCGGCGCCGGCGUCCGGAGCGCAGCAGUGCGCGGCGACGGAGGCACAAGUGCUGGGCCUGCGUGGGUUAGCGCUGGAUCUGGUGCUUAUCGGGGUGGUGCAGGCGGUGUUCGCCUUGGCGGCCGACGUUGCCGUAGCGGGAUCGCGCCGCAACCUGGGGGGCUGCCUCGCCGUCAUAGCGCACUUCAUCGGCUUCAUCAACGCCUGGUUCCUGUGGGACGUCGUCAAGGGUGCGGCGGUCGUCGCCGUUGGCCACUGCGCCGGCGAGCACCUCGCCUACCUCGUCAUCUGCUUCGUCCUCAUCGCCGUGUCCUACGCCGUGCUGCUCGGCGUCAGCCUCGCCGUCACAUGCUGCUCGUAGGACCGAAGCUACGCACUGUACUGGCAGCCACUGAUCCCCUGUAGCAUCCUUGAUGCAUCUAUUUUCUUCUACCUAGCU